AUGGCGUCGGCGGACCGCUUUCUCGCGCUCCAAUCCAUCAAGUUGAAAAUAUUGGCGUGCGUCGCCCUCGCGACGAUCCUCGCGGGCGCCAUGCGCGUCGCAUGCGGCACCGAGUGCGCGCCCGGCGCCUUCUUCGUCGCCGAGUCCGGGGCCCCGGCGGGCGACAUCGUCCUCGCGUCGAACGCGUACGAGCGGUCGAGCGGGCGACCCGUCGGCGACGGCCACUACGACUUCCUCGUCGCGGACGUGGCCCAGGUGACGCGCCACGAGCUCGCGUCGGGCCGCGCGGCCGUGUGGACCGUGACCCGCGGCGGCGACGACGGCGGGGCCGUGGUCCUCGCGAGCGACGGCGAAAUUGCCGCCUGGGAGACGCGGUACCCGACGUUCGGCGACUACGUCGUCCGCGCGGCCGUCGGCGGCGAAUUGGCGGCGUCCGCCGAGGUCGCUGCGCGGCGCGUGCGCCGCGAGCUGCGCCAGCUCGACGCCGACGAGCGCGAGCGCUACCUCGCCGCGAUCGAGGUCCUCACGACCGUCGACGACGACGAGGGCCUCCGGCGCUACGGCCCGGCCUACCGGUCCGUGGCCUGGUUCGUGCGGGAGCAUCUGUACGGCGCCGCGGACCGGUCCUGCGACCACUGGCACGACGGCGCCGGCUUCGUGAACCACCACGUGGGCAUCACGUGGCAGUUUGAGAACGCGCUCGCCGCCAUCGACGCGACUUUGGCCGCGCACUACUGGGACUACACGAUCGACGCGGCGGCGCUCAUGAACCACUGGCCCCAGUCCGUUAUCUUCCGCGACGCCUGGUUCGGCAGCGCGUCGCCGGGGAACGACGAGCACGUCGUCGACGCGGGGCGCUUCGCGUACGCGCGGGUACUCCAGGGGACGAACUACUCGGGCGUGACGAACCCCUACGGGCUCCUGCGGUCGCCCUGGAACACGAACAAGGUGCCGUUCCUCGGGCGGUCGGGCCACGUCGUCGGCCAGCAGGCCGGCGGCUACAAGUCGCUGCCGAACUGCGCGGACUUUGCGGACACGCUAUCGACGGCCGCGGCCGGCGGCGGCCUCGGCGAGAUCCAGAGCGCGAUCAACGGCUUCCUCCACGGGCCCGUGCACAUCAUGAUCGGCGGGCUCUGGGGGUUGGAUGAUGAUAUUUGGGGGCCGCGGACGCGCGACGACGACCACGUCGACACCUUUGGGCGCACCGCGGACCUGUCCGCGGUGACGAUGUUCCUCUUCGCCAAGUUCAUGUGGCGCCAGGGCAUCGUGCGCUGCCCGACGACCUGCGCCGCCGACGCGCCCCAGGAGUCCUGCCUCUGCCACUGCCCCGCGGCCGUGCGGGAGAGGGUCGCGCCGCCCGACGGGGCCGCGGCGGCCGUGCUCGCGGCCGCGGGCGCCGAGCGCCUGACGAACUACCUCCCCCGGGACCCCGACGGCAAUUUCCUCGAGACCAUCCUGGACGGCCUCGACCACGAGACGCUGCUCGACGCGCUCUGCCGCGUGGGCUUCCCGGGCGAGAUGUUCACGUCGGCCGCGCCGCAGGACCCGACGUUCUGGCCGCUCCACGGCAACGCGGAGCGGUUCCUCCAGUACGUGCGCCUGCUCAUGGCCACGGGCGACGUCGCCAUCGACGACUCCUGGGCCUACCACCACGUCAAGGCCGCGUCGGACACGCACGUCGUCUGCGACUGGGCGGGCGUCGACGAGCGCGACGCGGCGGCGAUGCCGGCGUGCGGUGCGGCCAUCUGCCCGGGCCACGGCGAGCUGGACCUGUUGCCCUUCGACGACCUGCUCCCGGGCAACGCCGCGCCGUCGAACGCGGACUUUUUCGAGGCGACGCUCCCGGGCAAGGCGUCGCCGAUGCCCUACGUCUACGACUCCCUCGCCUACUGGCCGGGCUGCGCCGGGGACAGCCUCGACGUCCACUGGUGCUUCGCGGGCGCGAAGGGCGUCGGCCACUGGAGCCAGAGCCCCGCGCCGAAGAAGACCGCGUCCGGCGGCCGCCGCCCGAAGAGCUUCCAGGCGACGCCCAACGGCGACGCGUCGCGCUCCAGCAGGGCCAGCGUGCGCCGCACGGCGUCCGGGUCCACGGCCGUGGACCCGGCGAAGAGCGCGACGACGUCCGGCUGCCGCCGCGCGCGGCGCUCGUCGCCCUCGGCCGCGGGCUCGCCAUCCUCGAAGCGCGGGCCGCGGCCGUCGCCCCGGUGCCUGCGGUGCUCCGUGAGCCGGCCGGCGCAGGACGCGACGCAGUGCUUGCCCUGGUCCUCGCCCGUCUGCCGCACGUUCAUCGCGAGGCACAGCGCGUGGAAGAGGUUGCGCAUCGUCGAGUCGCCGACGAAGAGGAGCACGAAGGGCUCGGCCGCGACGGCGGCGGGCCGCGCGGGCGGCGCGCUGCGGCGGAACCGCUUCUCGAAGGCGCAGAGGCCCUGGCGCAUGAGGGGCAUGCCCGCGAGCAUCUCGCCCGUGACCUGGAACCGCGGCCGCCGGAUGCGGCUGCCCACCGGGCGCGAAUCGAUAAUCGCGCGCUUCCCGGUGGGCUGCGAGAAUCGAAAUAUGGCCACCUUCGCGGACGACGACGCGGCGCUCUGGAUGGACGUGACCCAGCAGAUGAAGGUCAAGGGCUUGACGUCGGUGUCGGCCUUCCGCGUCAUGGACCGGGACCGCGGGGGCACGGUGAGCGGCGCCGAGCUCUUCGGCUGGGCGCGGACCGCGGGCAUCGCGAUGACGUCCGACGACGCGCGGCGCCUCGUGCGGUCCAUGAACGGCGGCCGCGGCGGCGGCGGGUUCACCUUCAAGACCUUCUCCCAGGUCGUCCGGCACUACCAGCAGCUCGCGAAACGGAAGACGCGCGGCAAGACGACGCGCCAGUCGACGUCGGCCGUGCGCCGGUCCGUCCAGGGCGAGUUCGGCGGCGUCCAGGGCUCGAACAUGUCGGCCGUGGGCAAGUCCGUCUUCCUCAAGACCAUGACGGCCAAGUACACCCUGCCGUCGCACGGCGAGCUGAGCGCGCUCUGGGCGUCGCAGGACGUGAACGCGAACGGGCUGCUGUCGCUCGCGGAGAUCGACCGCGUCGUCCAGCAGCGCUUCCCGGCCUACGACCACAAGCCCGCGCUCAUGCGCGCCUACAAGUUCGCGGACGCGGACGGCAGCGGCCUCAUCUCGAAGCGCGAGUUCUGCCUCCUGCUCCGGUCCCUCUUCUUCUUCAACGACCUCUGGCACAAGUUCGAGGUCAUCGACACGAGCGGGGACCGGCGCCUCGACCUCGGCGAGUUCGUCCGCGGCGCGGCGCUCAUCGACCUCCACUUCGCGGAAGACGAGGCGCGCGCGGUCUUCGACGAGAUCGACGAGAACGGCGGCGGCGUCAUCCUCUUCAACGAGUUCUGCGCCUACGUCUGCCGCAUGAAGGCCGAGGAGCUCGACCAGGCCCAGGUCUAG